UUGGUGAGAUCCAGCGAAUUAAGGGGAAAAAAACAAAUAUCCUCAAAAGGGAUGCACGGAGGAGACAGAGAUCCUCAACGUUGUAACAACGACAAUAAUCGUAUCUGUGUCUUCUCGAUUCUCGUCUCCAGUUGAGGAAAUUGUAAGAAAUUUUGAAUCGGAUCGAUGAUGCAUCUAAUAAAUGCCGCGGCGGCGGCGAGGAUGUUGGCCGUCGUCGGUCAACCGAGCGCCGGCGGGGAGGCCAUUCCCUUCGGAUCGUUGUGGUGGUUCAUCUACGCUGGAGUCUCUUGCUUUCUCGUCCUCUUCGCCGGAAUCAUGUCCGGUCUCACUCUGGGUUUGAUGUCCCUCGGUCUCGUCGACCUCGAGAUCCUCCAACGCAGCGGCACGCCGAAUGAGAAGAAACAAGCGGCUGCGAUUCUUCCGGUGGUUCAAAAGCAGCAUCAGCUUUUGGUGACCUUGCUCCUUUGCAACGCUGCUGCAAUGGAGGGGCUUCCUAUAUACUUGGAUAAGCUAUUCAAUGAAUACCUAGCUAUAAUCCUCUCCGUAACUUUUGUUCUAUUCUUCGGUGAAGUUAUUCCUCAAGCCAUAUGCACCAGGUAUGGGCUUGCUGUCGGAGCCAACUUUGUCUGGCUUGUCCGGAUCUUGAUGACUAUCUGCUAUCCGAUUGCUUAUCCCAUCGGAAAGAUAUUGGAUUGGGUUCUCGGGCACAAUGAAGCGUUAUUUAGGCGGGCUCAGUUAAAAGCUCUUGUAUCCAUUCACGGCCAAGAGGCAGGAAAGGGUGGUGAACUUACACAUGACGAGACGACAAUCAUAAGCGGAGCACUGGAUUUGACAGAGAAGACUGCUCAGGAAGCCAUGACACCGAUCGAAUCAACGUUUUCCUUAGAUGUCAAUUCAAAGUUGGAUUGGGAAGCUAUGGGGAAGAUCCUAGCACGAGGUCAUAGCCGAGUUCCUGUUUAUACCGGGAAUCCAAAAAAUGUUAUCGGGCUUCUGUUGGUUAAGAGUCUUCUUACAGUUCGGCCUGAAACUGAGACUCCUGUCAGUGCAGUUUCUAUCCGAAGAAUCCCGAGGGUUCCGGCUGAUAUGCCUCUAUACGACAUACUGAAUGAGUUUCAAAAGGGAAGCAGUCACAUGGCAGCAGUUGUGAAGGUGAAGGGGAAGACCAAAAUUCCUCCCUCGACGGUGGUUGAAGAGAAAUCCGAGGAGACCGAUGCGCAAACCGACGAUUCCCAAUUGACUACACCUUUGCUAUCGAAGGAAGACGUCAUUGUCAAUAUCGAAAAGAUCAACAAACAAUCUCAUUUGCAAAACAACGAGACGGGAGCAAACGGGUACCCAUCACAUGCUUCGGAAGAUAUCGAAGAUGGCGAAGUUAUCGGCAUCAUCACGUUGGAAGACGUUUUCGAGGAGCUUCUACAGGAGGAGAUUGUGGAUGAAACAGAUGAAUACGUCGAUGUUCAUAAAAGGAUUCGCGUGGCGGCUGCAGCGGCCGCCUCUUCGAUAGCUCGGGCUCCGUCGAGCCGGAGAUUAACCGGUCAAAAGGGACCUGGAGGACAAAGUAAACAAGCGCUCACGCCGAAAGCCUCGGCUCCCGAACAAGAUUCCGAUUCCCGGAAAUUGUUCGUGACGGUCACCGAGACGACGACUGUCCAGAAGAAAAUCUGAGAUCAUGCUCGGUUUGCUGAUCCAAGGGAGAGGCAAAUCAUAUCUUCUUGCGUGAAAAAGAUCAAAUCUUGGAGGAGCCUGUGACUUGGGGGUAACACUUUCAUUUGUCGAUCAUCAAAUUUAAGUCUUUUGAUUUAUUUGUUUCUCUCACCAGAAAUCUUUUUGGUUUUUGGCCAAAGUUUUGGAAGAUGGAUGGAUUAUGUUGAAAAAUAAAUAAAUGCAUAUAGUUAUUGAGUUUUCAAGACGCUGUGAAAAGAAAAUCUUACAGUAUGAAUA